GUGACUGUUUCUGCUCGGGACUACGUUUCCCACAGUUCACAGCGGCCCGGCGUUUACGUCUCUCUUGACGUCGUAGCGAAAUCCUUAACUCCGCCGCGGACCAAGGGAAGGCAGAAGGUGAAGCCAGGCCUCACUACUGUGCAAUUUCCCUGGUCUGGGCCACUUUUUUAUUCAGACUGAAAGAGACACCACAGCAUUGGUACAUCUGGUAUCACAGCACCUCCUGUGUGGCACAAGAGCUCAGAUCUGGGCUACAUGCAUGGCAAGGACUCUAUACUUGCCCAAGAGAAGACUCUAGAACAGUUGGAGCAGCUCAGAUAUUUCUACUAAAAGACAUGGCCCAGGGACUGGUGACAUUCAGGGAUGUGGCUGUAGAGUUCUCACAGGAAGAAUGGAGGUGCCUGCAGCCUGCCCAGAGGGACCUGUAUAAGGAUGUGACCUUGGAGAACUACAGCAACUUGGUCUCACUAGGACUUUCUGUUUCUAAGCCUGCCGUCAUCUGUUUAUUGGAGCAAGGGAGUGAAUUCUGGGUGACUGCAAGUGCCAUCACAGGUCCAUGGUGCUCAGAUGUGGAUUCCAGUCAUGAGAAAUGUUCACAAAAAGAUAGUCUUGAAGUAGAGCCACUGAACUGGGAGAUAAUGGAAAGGCUUAAAUACUGUGGUUUUGAGGGCUCCCAUUUUAUUGAUAACUGGGAAUACAAAGGUCAGCAUGAGAGACUAAGAAAUCAGGAGUUCUCUUUGAAGCAAGUGCAAAUCACCUGUGAGAGCAUGCCCACUUUAGAACAUCAUACAUCCCUCAUGCUACAGCAAAGAAAUGAGACCAGUGAACAGCUAAUUGCUUGUAAUGAAUGUGGAAAAGCAUUUAGCCAUGCUUCACACCUUAUUCAACAUCAGAAAACUCAUACUGGUGAAAAGCCCUUUGAAUGUAAAGAAUGUGGGAAAGCCUUUAGUCGCACUUCACACCUUGCUCAACAUCAGAGAAUCCAUACAGGUGCGAAACCUAACGAAUGCAAGGAGUGUGGGAAAGCCUUUGGUCACACUUCUGAACUUAUACUACACCAGAGACUGCAUACAGGUGUAAAACCCUACCAAUGUAAAGAAUGUGGAAAGACCUUCAGACAGCACUCACAACUUAUUCUGCAUCAAAGAAUUCACACCGGUGAGAAACCUUAUGUUUGUAAAGACUGUGGGAAGGCUUUUAUUCGUGGCUCACAACUUACUGUUCAUCGGAGGAUUCACACAGGUGCUAGACCUUAUCAUUGUCAAGAAUGUGGAAAAGCCUUCAGACAGCAUUCACAACUUACUGUACACCAGAGAAUUCAUACCGGUGAGAAACCGUAUGAAUGUAAGGAAUGUGGAAAGGGCUUUAUUCAUAGCUCAGAAGUUACUCGGCAUCAAAGGAUUCAUUCUGGUGAGAAACCCUAUGAUUGUAAGGACUGUGGGAAGGCCUUUAGACAGCGUGCACAACUUACCCGACAUCAGAGAGUUCACACUGGUGACAGACCCUAUGAAUGUAAGGACUGUGGGAAGGCCUUUAGUCGAAGUUCAUACCUUAUUCAACAUCAGAGAAUCCAUACAGGUGACAAGCCCUAUGAAUGUAAGGAGUGUGGGAAAGCCUUUAUUCGUGUUUCACAACUGACUCAUCAUCAGCGAAUUCACACUUGUGAGAAACCCUAUCAGUGUAGAGAAUGUGGAAUGGCCUUUAUCCGUAGUUCACAACUUACUGAACAUCAGAGAAUUCAUCCAGGUAUCAAACCUUACGAAUGUAGAGAAUGUGGACAGGCCUUUAUUCUUGGCUCCCAGCUCAUUGAACACUACAGAAUCCAUACUGAUUAGAAAACUUUGAUUAUUAAGGAUAGGGGAAGGCCGUUAUGCGGAGUUCAGAUGUGAUUCACUACUAGAUCAUGUGUAAUGUAAAGUGAUUCAUGUCUGAAAGCCAUCAGUUGUCACUUCCAGAUAACUCAAGAAAACUCAGUAAAUAUGGAAUGGGAAAGGGGCCCUAACACUAUUUAUUAAGCCACAGAAAACUUGUGCUGAAAAAAAAAUGUUAAUGAAAGGGGCCAGGUGGUGGUGCACAUGGUUGAGUGCACAUGUUACAAUGCACAAGGACCCAGGUUUGAACCUCGGUCCCCAUCUGCAGGGGGAAAGCUUUGCAAGUGGUGAAGCAGGGCUGCAGGUCGCGCUCUCUCUCUCUCUUCCUCUCUAUCUCCCCCUUCCCUCCUGAUUUCUGGCUGUCUCUAUCCAAUUAAUAAAGAAAGAAAAAAAUUAAAUGUUAAUGACAAUAUAGAAAAAUCUCCUGUUGUCAUUCAGAAUGUGUUAAGUUUUUCAGAGUCCUAGUAGAAAAUGAUCCUAUUAAAAUUUUUCUGGAUGUGCCUUUCUCCAUGACAUACUUCUUACUUAACACUAUGUAACUCCCACCAAUUAUUGACUGGAUUGAAUUGAGCAAACAAUGCACUGUUCUGUUCCUCAGUUUAUUCAUUUUUUAACUUUUAUUUAUAAAAAGGCAACACUGGCAAAGCA